AGGUGAUUAAAAAACCAACCCUAAGCUCCUUGUUUCUCCGUUCCAAAGAUCAUUAUGAGGAUGAUGGUUAAGCCUUUAUUCUUUAGAAACGUCCUACCUUUAAGAUGCUUUUCAUCAUCAGCACCAAACAUGCUCAAAAUUGGAGACAUUUUAAGGCAAACAAGGAUAUUCUCAAACGAAGAUGUCUUUCAAUAUUCUAAAGUGACUUGUGAUUUGAAUCCUCUGUACUUUGACAAGGAAUCUGCUUGAAAUGCUAGAUUCGAUGAUCGACUUGUUCAUGGCUUGCUUGUCGCUGCUUUAUUUCCUUGUAUUAUUUCUUCCCACUUUGAGCUGUAUAUGUUUCCCAGAGCUUGAACUUCAAGUCGCCAGUUUACAUUGGAGAAGAAAUUCUUAGGGAGGUCCAAGCUGUUAAUCCAAGGGAAAACAAAAGGAUAAACGUGUGAGAUACAAACUGCUUUCUCAUUUUGUUGUAUGUGAAAAACUUAUUAUGACCUUUACUAUAAGUUUUCGAUUCCAAGGUUUAGGGCAAAAUUCUCAACAAAGUGUUUCAAUAAUGGUGAGAUUCUUGU